AUGAAUGCCACUCUUGAUGAUCAAGGAAUCUAUCAGCAAAUUGAACAGCUGUCUGAUUCCGAGCUGCGUGGAGUCAUUAAAUACUUGGUCUUGCUCAACGCGGAAGCUGUGGAGAAUGCUCUCAAUUAUACCUUUCAACAACGCCCCGCCAGCAAGCAGAAUAGUAGUAACGUGAAUGCUGUCGCCAACAAUAAUAACGCUAAGAAUGCUACCACUACUACUACUACUACUAGCGUGGAAGAUUCCUUUGAAGCGGAAUUCACUUCGGAAUUUGAAGAAGAAGAACAGGAAAACGAAAAGGGAGAGGAUACUGUGGUUCAUGUCGCAACCAACACUAACGAAGACAUUACUACUGUCUCCCCCAAUUUGGAAACUACAAUGCCUCCCUUGCUACAAAAGUCGCGCCGUUCUCAAUCCACAGAUGAAGGUUUGGACGAAGAUAUCGCUGCCUUGCAACCACCAUCCCAUACUACUACAGCCACUACAGCCACUACUACUGCUGCUACUGCUGCGGCUGCCACAAAUACUACUACUACUACUACUACUACGCCAGAACCAUCCGAUGCCAUUAGUACCGACAGCAGUGUCAUGACGGCACCCAUUUCCAAUACUACUUCAACUACUACCCCUAUUACAACAGCGACACCACCAACAACAAGGCCAAAUUCUCGCCGACGAUUGAUGGUACUUUGUAGCAUGAAACCGUCCACCAAUCAACAGGCCAUUGAUCAAGACGAUGCCAUGGUCUUUUGCAAACAAAUUGGAAUCUUGCCGUUUAUUGUACUGGCGGAAAGCAAACCCGAAAAGACUCGGGAAUUGACCAAGAUUUCCAAAAUUUCAAAGGAAUAUCCACAAUUCUUUCUUUCCAAUAAGAAUAUUGGCAAUCACCAUGAUCCUAUUGAAUAUUUGGGAUCCUUGGAUCUUAUGCGGACAUGGAAAAAGGAUGGGACAUUGACUUGUGAACAAGACUUGUACAAGAUUCCCAUCACUACUCAUGAGGAGGAGGUUGCCGCCGCCCCAUCCAAACGUCAAUUGACUUUUCACGACAAGGAUACAAUCAUGGGAGAACAACAACACCAACAACAACAACGACGACGACAAGGAUCUUCCUCGUCGUCAUCGUCGUCGCCCAUUUCGAGUAGUUCCAUACCCGAACAUUUGCAAUCCAGAAACGAAGGAAAGGAACCGUAUUAUCCACCAGCAUCCGAUCUAUAUCAUCACCUACUCAAUUUGGCACAACCACCAACCACUGAUGAUGCUAGUACGUUUGGUCCCAAAAAGCCAGAUUCCGAACGAGACGAGGAUGGAGACACCGGACCAUUGGAACCACCGGAAGGUGGGUAUGCUGUACUUCAAGAUAAGAAUGGUAAUCGAAGAGAAGAACCUCCGGCACGAUCGCCUCCCACCUCGGCCAAAAAGCCAGCGAGGCCAUCACCUGGAACGGAAAAUGCCGAAUUGUCCACCACCGAGCCACCUUAUGUGUCAGCAGCACCACCACCUGCCACUCCCAAUCUCAAGGCACAAGUUUCCAACAUUGCCGAACCACCUGCCUUGUCACCACCCAAAACUACCACCAAGGCCCAACGUCGUGUACUCCAACAAGAAACGGAUGGACAUGCUCCUAGUACACCCAAUGCGCAACAGGUCAAGAAAUAUCAUCAUCAACACCAAGAUAAUGCGAUGAAACCCGAACCAACUCCUGGUGGCAAUGGGACACUCCGAAAGGAAGCCGUUCCAUUGGAACCACCCUCGGCUCACAAGGCAUCACCAACUGUUGCUGUUGCUGCUACUGCUGGUGCUCAAACGACAGCACCGCAAACACCUCAAGCGCCACCACUAACUUCCAUGCCAGAGGAUGUUUCCACUGGAAAGUACGUGCCCGAACCUUCCUCUUUAUCAUCACCAGGAGUGGUCGAGACACAAGGCAAUGACUCAUCGCCGCCCUUGGAUGUGACACCGGAGAUUCCUGGAUACAAGGAACACGAACAAGAUGUAGCUACUGGUGGUAAUGCUGCUACUACUACUGCUACUACUACUGCUACUACUACUGCAGAGGCAUCGUCGGCACCUCCUCAGUCUCCAGCGGACGAUCAAGUACUAUCCAUCUUGAAUGGAGUUGGAGCCUGUUACUUGGUAUAUGACGAACAGGAUGCUGGCAAUGCCAAACUCAAUAUUUAUUAUUCCGAAACUCCCAUGGACCAUGCGGUCGGAGUCUGGUCCUCUACGGAUAUUACCGAUUUCAAACAAGCCCAAGGGUUGGGUUCCAAUGAGUUUAUUGGAAAUUGUGCGACGGAAUGUCAACAGAGUCCAUCCAAUUACUUCAAGGGAUGGAGUCAGUUUGUCAAGGCUGCCAAGUCCAUGAAUGGAACGGUCAUUACGUUGACCAAAUAUGGCAUGCCAAUAGAAUUCUACACCUAUCAAAACAAUGGGGGGGAUGCCAUUUGUGAAAAGGUCCCUGGGAUUCAAUUCGAAACGGCUGGACUGGAUGCGAUUGCAUGUCUGCCCAAGGGUGCCAACUUUGAUUAUCAAACUCUACGAGCUCGCAAGUGGUCCAAGCAAGCCAAAAAGAUGGGAGCCGUGGCCACCUUUAAUAGCUUGGUCCACAACUCUGGCGUAUCAGCAUCCAGUCCCAAUAAGGCAGCAUCUACUGCGCUUCCAUCUCCUGCAGUCGCUUCUGUUUUUGCCAAGGAAGACAAGCCGGCGGAGGAUGUAUCCCAAACAAUGGAAGAUGUUAAUUCCAUUCCAGUACGCGAACCAAAAGAAGGGUAUCCAUCUGCCAUGGAAGCGCCCUGUCCUGAAGGCGGGGCUUGUUAUCUCGUGUAUGAACCAGGCUCCUCUGGCAGAUUGGUGGAACAGUUUAGCAAGACUCCAGUUGCAGGGGCGAUUGGUCGGUGGGUACCAGGACCCGGCAAGAAGAUUUCCGGUUUCAAGUUCAAGCAAAAUCAUGGAAAGAGCGUUCUCAUUGGUAACUGUUCGGCUGGAAAGCAAGGCCGGAAGAAUUAUUGUUCCGGGUGGAACCAGUUCGUGAGAAGCGCAAAGAUACAAAAUGGUGAAGUCAUUCUAUGGGAUCCAGAGGAAGGGGUCAAGGGCAUGGCAGUCGACGUUUGGCUGUACACCAAUGACAAUCGUCCAGGUCACCAAUCCCUCAAACUUGAGAGGGGAGUCUCCACAAGCGUCGAAUCCAUCUUGGCAGUCACCGCAAUACCCAAGGAUGCUGAUUUUUUCGAAGGAAUCUCUGUUGACAUGCUGAGAUGGUUGGCACAAGGAAGCACCAAUGGGGCGUCCAGCAAAUUCGAGUAA